CCUGACUCCGCACAGCUGUUGCUGGCUGUCCAAGUAGAGCAGUAGUGGUCGAUCCCUCUAAGCCGAAGACAGGCUAAUUUUAAUAACUAUCUUGACAGCUAUAUUCUUAGUAUCCAUAUAGUGCCCUUGUACAUUAGACAGCCUUCCGAAGCACUGGGAUAUGGCCAGGCAAGAACAGAUCCUGAUGCUAGACCCACCACAUGAGCUCAAAUUUAGAGGUCCAUUUACAGAUGUUGUCACUGCAAACCUGAAGCUUGGCAACCCCACAGACGGGAAUGUGUGUUUUAAGGUGAAGACCACUGCACCACGCCGCUACUGUGUGCGGCCCAACAGUGGUGUCAUUGAUGCUGGGACCUCCAUCAAUGUUUCUGUUAUGCUCCAGCCCUUUGAUUAUGAUCCCAAUGAGAAAAGCAAACAUAAGUUCAUGGUGCAGUCCCUGCGGGCUCCUCCAGAUAUGGGGGACAUGGAGGGCGUGUGGAAAGAGGCGAAGCCAGAGGAGCUGAUGGACUCUAAGCUGAGAUGUGUGUUUGAAAUGCCCUCGGACAGUGAUAAGACUCAUGAAGGUGACAGCAACAAGGUUCUGUCCUCCUCCUUGCUGAAGUCGGAAUCCUCACUGCCGAAGUCGGCCAGCGUCUCGCUGGAUGAUGGGGAAGUGAAGAAGAUCAUGGACGAGUGCAAGCGGCUCCAGCUGGAGGUGCAGAGGCUCCGGGAGGAUAACCGGCAGAUCCGGGAGGAUGAUGGGCUGAGAAGGAGGAAGACUACAUCUAUGUCUCCCCCGGUCUCUGGCUCUGCGUCGGGCACUGCUUUGAGGGAGGAGGGGCUCACUACCCGCGUGCUGGCAUUCUGUGUUCUCUUCUUCGUCAUUGGCGUCAUCAUUGGCAAACUGGCCUUGUAGGCAGCAGGAGGGCCAAGUGCCCCGAAGGCAGCAGCAUGCUUUAGGAUGGAACAGACAGAAUGGGACGGGCCAAGGGGGGGGAGUGCCUUGUCACGGCUUUCAUCCAUUAGAUAAAUUAUUUAAGAUAACAAUUUGGAGAGGUAAUCAGUUAUAUAAUGAAAAAAGAAGACCCAAGUCACAGAUCUUGCCUUUUAAUCAUAGUGUAUCCUCCCUGCUCUCCCUUUCACCUAGAUACUCUUUUAAAUCCCCCUCCCUCACAUCUCUAUCUCACCAUCCCUCUCUUUUCCCUUCCUCCCUCUCUUUCCCCUGUUCCUUUUUUGCACAAAAAUGAUUAUGUUUAUUUGGGGGGAGUGGGCUGGGGGGGUGCCUGGGUGGUAAGCUUGUGUUAAUAGGUUUUUUCUUUUUUUUUUUUUUUUUUUUUAAAGAGGACUGAGGUUGCCCUUUUACAUCCUGGUUGAAAAGGUGGUGUUUGUAAUUGUUCUUGAGAUGUUGACAGAAGGGCAGGAGAAAGGAAUGCUGGAGGAAGGCUAGCAUAUGUGUCAUCCCAUGGUUGUGAUGGUUGAGUUGAACUUGUUGAGGUGGGGGACUACUUGUGUGAAUGAUAUUUCACUUCUGUAAACACUGCACUGCACUUGUUCCGUUUGUAUUAGUUAACGGUCACCUUUCAGUAAUGAGAUAUGGCUGAGUUUUUGUCCUCACGUUUUUUGAUUUGUGAGUGAUUUCCUGUAGGCUCCUGCGCUGACAUACAACGUAGGGCUGCACAGGAACCCUGUUCUAGCCAAAAGGCAAAGGUCUCAUUUUUAUGACAAAUCACACUUAGGUUUCACCGUUUCCAAUGCAAUAUACUUUAUGGCAAAUGACUGCCCCCUGAGGCUUGCCCGUGUCUCCACAGGUGGUGCAACACACACAUACACACAUACACACACACAUACAUACAUACAUACAUACAUACAUACAUACAUACACACACAAGAAAGAGAACAAUGACUUGGGUGCCGUCCAUUCAAAGUGCUUCUCCUUCUACUUGGUUUUAUAACAUCUACAUUUGUUGCUUCUGCAUCUCAUGUGUACUGUAAUUAUUAGGCUGUUGUCAUUGUUUCCUCUUUUUUUGUAUUCAUAUUAGCCAUAACUGUAAUCAUGAGCUUUGUAAAGAGCUGUAUGCUAAUGGACUUCUCACUGUUUCUGGGGGCAUGGAAACAUUUGGGGGGUUUCCCUUGUGUUUAAAAUGACAUUAAAUACUGUCUAUUCCAAAGGGACCAUCUAAUCACUA